CAAACAUCAGUGGCGCGAUCAAGUGGUUAGCCCACCUCCCAACCAUCAUGCAUAAACAUUCGCACUUCAUGGCCCACUCCAGCAAUGUCAAUUGCAUUCGGUUUGGCCGGAAAUCGGGACAAGUUGCUGUGAGUGGCGGGGACGACACCAACGUCAACUUGUGGCGCAUUCGCGAGAAUGAAACCAAGAACAUCAUGAGCCUUGCCGGUCAUUCCAGCCCCGUGGAAUGCGUCGUGUUCGACCCAUCCGAGAAAAAGGUCGUGGCUGGCUCCAAGUCUGGCGCCAUCAAGGCGUACGACAUGGAGGCUGCCAAGGUGUUUCGCACUCUCAAAGGGCACAUGUCCAACUGCACUGCCAUCGACUACCACUUGUACGGCGAUUACGUGGCAUCGGGAGCGCUUGACACAAACGUCAAGAUCUGGGACCUCAAAGCGAAGAACUGCGUUCAAACCUUCAAGGGCCAUCACAGCGAAGUCACGUGCGUGAGCUUCACACCAGACGGCCGGUGGCUCACGUCUGGCGGCGUUGACGGAUCCAUCAAGAUCUGGGACCUCACGGCAGGCAAACUACUCAAAGAGUUCAACGACCACAACGGCGCCAUCGUUUGUUUGGAGUUCAACCCAGAGGAAUUCAUAUUGCUGUCUGCGUCCACAGACAAGACGAUUCGGUUCUGGGACAUUCAAGACAUGCAACUACUUGGCCUGACGCCCACCGACAAUGCCGUGACCACGUCCAUCUCGCACACGGUGAGCGAGCCCUACAGUGGCAAGUUUGCCCUGUGCAGUUCCCAAGACGCCAUCAAAGUGUGGAGCUACGACCAAGCGGUGCAGUGUCAUGACACGUUGCCUUGGAAUCGCGACUCGAUCAGCAGCGAGCGCUUAGGGGAUACCCUCGUGACGGACAACCUGCAGCUCUUUGGGGCGUCGUUCAGCAAUGCAUUUGUGUCGAUUUGGCGGGUAGAUCUGACGCAGUUGCAACCCUUCGCCCCCCCCAAGCAGCAGCCCACGCGACCAUCGCCCCCACUAGUCACCUCCAACGCUUUAGCUUCCUCUGGAAUAAGUCGAGGAAACUCGAAACCGUCCACCCCGUCGCAACCUCCAUCACACUACUUGCCUCCACGUGGGUCCAGCCCAGUGGUUCACCCGAGCACUGCCACUCAAAUGGGCCCAGAUACGAUCAAACGGUUUUCAGUCGACGACAGUGCUUCUCAAGGCAGCUCCGUCGACGACACCCCCCCACCACCUGCAGGUCCAGCGGUGCAACCAGGUAAACCUGACGACACACCGCUAGGCACCGUGGACUGCGUGAAGGAACUGCGCUGCGGUAUGGAAGUGUGCGUACGCACGUUUCGCGCCCGCCAAAAGUGUUUGAACCAGUUCAUGACGUACUGGGACAAGGGCGACAUCCAUGGUGGGUUCCGAUACCUGGGGCAAUUGCCCAGUGGCGGCAACCGUGAGUCCAUCUCGAACGAUGUCCUCGGUGCCAUGGACCUACCGACGAUCGGCCUCGACUUGGAAGGAUGUGUGCUCGUACUCCCCCUCGCGUCCGAAUUAGUCGCGACAACGUCCAACUCGUACAUUGCGACGGGGGUGGCAGUGGCCAAGGUGCUCGUCACGUCGUUUGGGCCACUGGUGCGGGAUCACCGCGCCAGUCGCAAGAACAGUCGCGAAGUCAAUUUUGCCAGCGAAGAUCGGGCUGCGCGUUGCGAUGUGUGCUUUCGAGAGUUCGUCGAGAUGCAGAAACAUGUGCAGCGAGUGCUGGACAAUGCUGGCUCCAGCAGUGGGGUUUCUGCCGGCAUCAUGCGGGAAGUACAAGCGUUUCAAGCGCUGUUGACGGAAUAUUGCUGCUGGGUGGCGCCGUGAUAUAUAUAAUAUCAUGACAAUGCACAAUGAACCAAGGCCAAA